UCUCGCCAGUCCAUACACUCAGCUCGCCGUCGCGACAAGCCUUCAAGAUGCCGAGCCACAAGAGUUUCCGCACCAAGCAGAAGCUUGCCAAAGCUCAGAGACAGAACCGUCCUAUCCCCCAGUGGAUUCGUCUCAGGACCGGUAACACCAUCAGAUACAACGCCAAGCGGAGGCACUGGCGCAAGACCCGUCUCGGUCUGUAAACUUCGAAUCUCUCCUUCGACCGAGAUGUCAAUCCCCGAUUGUUUCGUUCAUCUGUGAUACCGAAAACGUUGCUCGCGAUGAUUAAUCUGCGUCCUGAAUCCGGCCCGCUUCAACAUCUUUCUCUCGCCAAACUUUGAUCUAUGUUCGGAAUCUUUGGCAAAUAUCUCUCAUCCUGAUAAUUUUUGAAAUAUUCAGGAUGGUGUACGGACAAUGAUCAAAUCGGAAGCGGUGACGGGUUCUGUGAUGGAACGUACUUUGCAAAUUAUGUACACGAGCUGAGACAAAAUAAAAAAUUAUGAUGGAUAAUGAGCAGUGAACGAAGAUUUUUCAGGGAUGUUUCCACAUAUCACACCUAAAACAUGAAGACAACUGAAGGGAACAUGUCCGUGAAGGGCAAUUAUCUAUGGACUACGCUAUAUUUCCCCUCUUCGAGUACACCCGCAAGCGUACGCCUUGGUAUCUGCGAGCUGGAUUGUGCAGUCACUUUGGGGAGCGGCAGGGAUGAGCGAACGCUUCGGGACACCAGAAGCCGCUGCGAUGUAUCUCACUUAUGCCUAUCGUAGUGUAAUCGCACGUACUUUUGUAUCCUUGAUUUAGUCCCUGCAGUGGCCCAUACCUCUUAAGACAGCGUGUUGUCAAAUUUGCCCUCAAUUUAUUGCGUCGUGUACUCUUAUCGCGUAGGCC